GAGGGCGGUUUGGUUGCGCGGUACUAGCGGUGCCCGCCGAAGGGGGAGGAGGCGGAGGAGCUAGCCGUGCGGCCAGAGCGGGAAAGCUACUCGUCUCGGCGUCCGAGUUCUGGAGCCGCCGCACCUCGGCUCCUGGGGCUGCAGCGGGAGCUGUGAGGGCCCGGGCGUCCGCUGUCUCCCGGGUCCCCUCGGAGGACCCCGCGGGAUCGAGAAAGGGAGAAGAUGGAGGAGGAGGGCGGCAGCGGCGGUGGCGGCGCCACAGACACCAGCAGGGACGGCGGCGCCGGGGGAGAGCAGCUCCUCACUGUCAAGCACGAGCUGCGGACGGCUAAUUUAACAGGACAUGCAGAGAAGGUGGGGAUUGAAAAUUUCGAGCUCCUAAAGGUCCUAGGAACUGGAGCUUAUGGAAAAGUGUUUCUAGUUCGUAAAAUAAGUGGUCAUGAUGCUGGGAAGCUGUAUGCCAUGAAAGUUUUGAAAAAGGCAACAAUAGUUCAAAAGGCCAAAACCACCGAGCACACAAGGACAGAACGACAGGUCCUAGAGCACAUCAGGCAGUCGCCGUUUUUGGUGACAUUGCACUACGCUUUCCAGACAGAAACCAAACUUCAUCUCAUUUUAGAUUAUAUAAAUGGUGGAGAACUUUUUACUCAUCUUUCUCAAAGAGAGCGUUUCACAGAGCAUGAGGUGCAGAUCUAUGUUGGAGAGAUCGUGCUUGCCCUCGAACAUCUCCACAAGUUGGGGAUUAUAUACCGUGACAUUAAGCUUGAGAAUAUUCUACUUGAUUCUAAUGGCCAUGUGGUGCUGACAGAUUUUGGUCUGAGUAAGGAGUUUGUGGCUGAUGAAGCUGAAAGAGCAUAUUCCUUUUGUGGAACUAUUGAAUACAUGGCACCAGAUAUUGUCAGAGGGGGAGAUUCAGGACAUGACAAGGCAGUUGACUGGUGGAGUUUAGGUGUUCUAAUGUAUGAAUUACUAACUGGAGCAUCUCCUUUCACUGUUGAUGGAGAGAAGAAUUCCCAAGCUGAGAUAUCUAGGAGAAUAUUAAAAAGCGAGCCUCCGUAUCCCCAAGAAAUGAGUGCUGUAGCCAAAGACCUAAUUCAGCGUCUGUUGAUGAAAGAUCCCAAGAAAAGACUGGGAUGUGGUCCACGUGAUGCAGAUGAAAUCAAAGAACAUCUCUUCUUUCAGAAAAUAAAUUGGGAUGAUUUAGCUGCCAAAAAAGUGCCCGCACCCUUUAAGCCAGUCAUCCGAGAUGAAUUAGAUGUGAGUAACUUCGCAGAAGAGUUCACAGAAAUGGACCCCACCUACUCUCCCGCAGCACUGCCCCAGAGCUCCGAGAGGCUGUUUCAGGGCUAUUCCUUUGUUGCUCCUUCUAUUCUCUUCAAGCGUAAUGCAGCCGUCAUAGACCCUCUUCAGUUUCACAUGGGAGUCGAUCGUCCCGGAGUGACAAAUGUGGCAAGGAGUGCAAUGAUGAAGGACUCUCCAUUCUAUCAACACUAUGACCUAGAUCUGAAGGACAAACCAUUGGGAGAAGGAAGUUUUUCCAUCUGUCGAAAGUGCAUAAACAAAAAAAGUAACCAAGCGUUUGCGGUCAAAAUAAUCAGCAAAAGGUUGGAAGCCAAUACUCAGAAAGAAAUAACAGCUCUGAAACUCUGUGAAGGACACCCCAAUAUCGUGAAAUUACAUGAAGUUUUUCACGAUCAGCUUCACACAUUUCUAGUGAUGGAACUUCUGAACGGGGGAGAGCUAUUUGAACGCAUUAAGAGAAAGAAACACUUCAGUGAGACAGAAGCCAGCUACAUCAUGCGGAAGCUUGUUUCAGCUGUAAGCCACAUGCAUGAUGUUGGAGUGGUACACAGAGAUUUGAAACCCGAGAAUUUAUUGUUCACUGAUGAAAAUGACAAUUUGGAAAUUAAAGUAAUUGAUUUUGGGUUUGCACGCUUAAAGCCACCCGAUAAUCAGCCUCUGAAGACGCCGUGCUUCACUCUUCACUACGCCGCCCCAGAGCUCUUGAAUCACAACGGCUACGAUGAGUCCUGUGACCUCUGGAGCCUGGGUGUCAUUUUGUAUACAAUGUUGUCAGGGCAAGUUCCAUUCCAAUCUCAUGACAAAAGCUUGACGUGCACCAGUGCGGUGGAAAUCAUGAAGAAAAUUAAAAAGGGAGAUUUCUCCUUUGAAGGAGAAGCCUGGAGGAAUGUAUCCCAAGAGGCUAAAGAUUUGAUCCAAGGACUUCUCACAGUCGAUCCAAAUAAAAGACUUAAAAUGUCUGGCUUGAGAUACAAUGAAUGGCUUCAAGAUGGCAGUCAGCUAUCCUCAAACCCUCUGAUGACUCCAGACAUUCUAGGGUCUUCAGGAGCUGCUGUGCACACCUGUGUGAAAGCAACCUUCCAUGCCUUUAACAAAUACAAGAGAGAGGGGUUUUGCCUUCAGAAUGUUGAUAAGGCCCCUUUGGCGAAGAGAAGGAAAAUGAAGAAGACCAGCACCAGUACCGAGACGCGCAGCAGCUCCAGUGAAAGCUCUCACUCUUCUUCCUCCCAUUCUCAUGGCAAAAGGACACCCACAAAGACAUUGCAGCCCAGCAAUCCUGCCGACAGCAAUAACCCAGAGACCCUCUUCCAGUUCUCAGACUGAGCAGCAUAGGAACGGUAGGCGCAUAACGGGUGAUCCAUUGUCCCUUCUGCUCCCUCAUCGUGCGCCUGCGGCCAGGUUCUGUGCUUUGAAAAACGUGUCCCAUUGGUCUCCUUGGAAUCUGCCUCGCAGGGAAUUUUUUCAGGAAAACCCAAUUGGUUAUCCUCAUCCAAAAGCACUGGACAGAGAAUGUUACUGUGAAUAGACCACAUGUCAUACUGUUUAGUGACCUAGCAUGGUGCCAACAGGACUGUUUUUGAAAGAGCAAAGAUGUCUGUCAAUUUAAUUAGGGACUGGUGAGAUUUGAGCUGCUGACAAAAUAAGUCACAGGUUCUUCAGAUGUCUGCCAACAAGAGUUCCUCGUACUGUGAUGAGACCUUUUGCUUCGCCUUGUGGGCAUCGUGGGUUUUUAAGAGACUUGCACCCUUUGAACAGUGAUUUAUCAGCAAAAAAGGUCUGUUUUGAAAAAGAGUCUGUAAUGAAUUUUAUGUGUGGCAUAUACUUAUUUCUUCAGAGAGGAUUUUAACUUAUUGUUUUUAUUUUAUGGUUACCUAUGACGAUAACCUGCUAUUAUUAAUCUUUUUCUAAAAAGUAAAAAAAAAAAAGAUAUAAGAACUUCAGGUCC